AUGGCGGAGGUGGUGGAGUUCCGGGUGCCAACCGGUAGCGCCCGGACGCUGCUGGUCUGGGGGCUGGAGCCGAACCCGAGCCUGGAGCACUCCCUGUUCUCAGUGUUCUCCAGGUUUGGGCUGCUCUACUCGCUGCGGGCACACAGCAAUGCUGCCGUGGCAGGGCCUGGGUUUUAUGCUGUCGUCAAGUUCUACUCAGCUGCGGAUGCCAGCAGAGCCCAGCGCGCCUGCAACGGGCAGAGCCUGUUCCAGGAGGCCCCUGUGAAGGUUUGUCUUUGCACCAAGCAGAGAGGGUUUCAGCAGCAGGUCCUUGCCCUCAGCAGCACCAAGUGCCAGGAGCUGGCCAACCACUACCUGGGCUUCAGCGGCUGGUCCAGUCGCAUCGUCACGCUGCAGAACCUCUCUGGCUUGGAUGGUGAGAGCAAGGAAGUGGGGAAGCCAUCUCAGAGGCAAUCAGUGAAAUUCCUGUGUGCCAUGGAGGUGACAGUGCCCAGCCACGGGGUUUGCUCCAGGGGGGUUGCCCUGGGUGAGGCAGCCGUGGAGGACGGUGAAGGUCCUCUCCAGCUCCUCACAGCCACCAGAAGAGCUCAGAAGCUGGCAGUUGGGAAAGCUUUGUCCAGCUCCUUUCAGAAGAUUCUCCUGGUGGUGCUGGAGAACGGGAAGGUGGCUGUGGAGUACAACUGCUGCCAGGAGGAGCCCACAGCCCUCUUAACAGAGGAGGAACUGAAGGGACUCAUUGAGGUCAAUGAAUUGUCCUUGGAACAGUUUGACCUGGAUGAAGAAGAAGAAGUUUUGUCUGAUCUCAGCUUGGAGGAGGAGCUUCUCCAGCUGGCAGAUGCCAGCUGA